AUGGAAAGAAGACUCCUGAAAAGAGAAAUUAAAAAACUCCUGUGUGAUUAUGUUGGCAUCAGACUUCGGGAAAAUGAAUUUGACCCAAAGGGAAGAAGGCAACUCACCUUUCUAGAUCAUAUGGCUCAUUAUGAUUUGGCCAUCAGCGUUGCUUUACAAUGGCUGGGUUACAAAGAAGACCAAACAUACUUGGAUUGGGAGAAAGUGAAGGUACCAUUUGGUUGUAGGCAUGUAUUUCCUAAUCGUCUUGAACGAGAAGCCAUGAUUUUAUCAUUUUAUGCUGGGAUCCUAAUGAAUAGUCUCCCAGUUGAAGAAAUCUUUGAGAUUUAUAGUAUGCACCACUCUGCAAACCACUGCCCUGGUGCUAAGAAGGUUCCUCGGGCCCAAAGUAUUCAUUUAUCAUUACAUCCUUUUGCCAUGCUAACAGCUUCCAAGGCAGCAGAACAUGCUCAGAAACAAAGUGUCAAGUUACAAAGGAGAAUAGUCCAUAGAAAGGCCACCAAUAGCUCAAAGACAACAAAUGCUAUGGAUUCAAAAUCAGCAAAAAACUCAGAAAAUCAGCAAGAAACUCAGAAAAAGUCAAAGACAAAAGUCUCUAAGGAAGUUGAAAAUGUGGAUUGA